CAAAACCUUCCUUCCUGGGUGUCUUUGUCCGAUGAUCUUCUGUUUCUUUUUCCUUUUGUUUUUGUGUCUUUGACUCAUUUCCUCUGUAUUUUUUGUGUGUCUACCAAAGGGCACUGAGUUUCGUGGUUCUUUUGUUGUCAUUGUGGCGAAUGAUGAUUCCAACCCAUCUUCUCAAGACAGAGAGUGUAGAAUCCCCACUACUUCCUUUUCAAUGCUCAUGUUGAUUUCAUGAUGUAUUUCUUCCAUGAUUUCGCUGUCAAGGUUUUCCACUAUAUACAUAGUGUGAGUGACUCUCUGAUGCAUAACGUGUCGAUCCCUCUGGGAGGUCUUCUGGUGCAAGAGGUUGGCAUGUCGAAUCCACCGGGAGGAGCUGAAGUGGGGAUGGCUGAGAGGAAAACCUCCAAUGGGGGUGAAUUUGUCAUCAAUGUUUCAGGUCAAGAAGUAUCAAAAGAUUCGAAACCAGCUAAAGGAUUUUCACCAGAGUCUUCAACAAGAGCAGUGCCCUUGAGUUGCCCAUCUCCCGAAAUCGCCAAGUUCAUCAGCAGCCCUCACAAGCCACCCAAAGUGCCAACCACUCCCAAGGAAGGUCUUACUCAGAGGAAAUCUCUAACGAGGUCAGUCUACUCAAAGCCCAAGUCCCGGUUCCUGGGAAAAGCUUAUUCCCUGGACCCGACGAGUCAGCUAGAAGAGAAUGGUGGAACUCUUAGGGACCAUUUUGGUUUGGGAUCUUUUAAUAUCGGAUCCCCAAACGACAAGUCGGCUAGGGAAACCCCGAAUAAAGCAGUUGAAGUUGAUGAGAAAGAUAUAGAUGAAGAGAUCUACAAGAAGGUUAAGCUGAACAAAGAGAAGAGAGGAAGAGUGAACACUCUAGCUUUGAUCGAGUUGGCUGUCUUUGUGAGCAUGUUAGGCGCUUUGGUAGCGAGUUUAACCGUUGAUGUGCUGAAACGGCAAUUCUUUUGGGGAUUAGAGGUCUGGAAAUGGUGUGUGCUUGCUAUGGUGACGUUCAGCGGCAUGUUGGUGACGAAUUGGUUCAUGCAUUUCGUCGUCUUCUUGAUAGAGACGAACUUUCUUCUUCGGAGGAAGGUGCUCUACUUUGUCCACGGCUUGAAGAAGAGCGUUCAGGUUUUCAUCUGGCUAAGUCUGAACCUUGUAACAUGGGCGUUGCUGUUCAAACACGGGGUUAAACGCUCGCCUACAGCCACGAAAGUCCUGAACAUUAUAUCGUGGAGCCUUGUUUCGAUUCUCAUCGGGGCAUUCCUCUGGCUGGUGAAGACGUUGUUACUGAAGAUCUUGGCUUCGCAUUUCAAUGUAAACAAUUUCUUCGAUAGGAUUCAAGAUUCGAUCUUCCAUCAAUACGUUCUCCAGACCCUUUCCGGGCCUCCACUCAUCGAGGAGGCCGAGAGGGUGGGGCAGGAACCGAGCACGGGUCACCUCAGUUUCACAAGUGUCAAAGAAGGGACAAAGGUGAGAGAGAGGAAAGUUAUCGAUAUGGCAAAGGUUCACAAGAUGAAGCAAGAGAAGGUUUCCGCCUGGACGAUGCGGGUUUUAGUCGAAGCCGUAAGAACUUCGGGUCUCUCAACGAUCUCCAACGCGUUGGACGAAACUGCUUACGUUGAUGGGAAAGAGCAUACCGAUAGAGAGAUCACUAGCGAAAUGGAGGCGGUGGCUGCUGCCUACGAUACAUUCAAGAAUGUUGCUAAGCCGGGGCACGAUUACAUCGACGAAGAUGACCUGCUGAGAUUCAUGAUCAAGGAAGAGGUAGAUCUUGUGCUACCAUUGUUCGAAGGCGCCGAGACCGGGAAAAUUACAAGAAGAGCUCUUACAGAGUGGGUGGUUAAGGUUUACACGAGCCGGAAAGCUCUGGCGCAUUCCUUAAGGGACACGAAAACAGCGGUUAAGCAACUGAACAAACUCGUAUCCGUGAUCUUGAUUGUUGUAACAAUCGUGAUAUGGUUGCUGCUUCUUGAGGUAGCGACGACGAAGGUCCUUGUCUUCUUCUCGACCCAAUUCGUGGCUCUUGCUUUUAUGAUCGGAAGCACCUGCAAGAAUCUCUUCGAAUCCAUCGUGUUUGUGUUCGUGAUGCACCCUUUCGAUGUUGGAGACCGUUGCGUUGUUGAUGGCGUUGCGAUGAUGGUUGAAGAAAUGAAUCUGUUGACGACGGUGUUUCUGAAGCUUGACAACGAGAAAGUGUUCUAUCCAAAUGCGGUUCUGGCCACCAAACCCAUAAGCAAUUACUACAGAAGUCCGGAGAUGGGAGAAACCGUCGAGUUCUCUAUCGCGUUCUCGACGCCGGUCGAGAAAAUAGCCAGCCUCAGAGAGAGAAUCGCCGUAUACCUGGAGCAGAACCCGCAGCACUGGCAACCAACUCACUCAGUGGUGGUGAAAGAGAUCGAGAACGUGAACAAACUGAAGAUGGCGCUAUACAGCAACCACACGAUCACGUUCCAAGAAUACCGCGAGAGGAACAUCAGAAGAACCGAGCUCGUCAUGGCCAUCAAGAACAUGUUCGAGGAGCUUCACAUCGAUUACAGUCUCCUCCCUCAACAAGUUCAGCUCAGAAGUCAGUAAAAGAAGACAAUUGAUGAAGAAACGUAUUCCCCGGUUAGUGAAUCAGUUAGUUGUUUGGAACCGGGUAUGGUGCGGUUGGUUUCUUGUUACCCGGUUUAGCUUCUUUAGCCAUGUAUUGCAGGAGUAAAGUGACGUUGUAAACCGAAUCAUUUACCAGGUUUAUGUUGGUUCGGUUUGUUAGCAAUGCAGUAGAAUGAGACUCCGGUUACCUCAA